AUUUUCUCUUAAUUUGUAGAAAGAUGUUUCCAAGCUUAUAAAGAAAGCAGAUACUAUUCAGGUAAAGGGUUUAUCAAAACCUGCCAGAGAUGAACUCUUACUUGUGAAAGACCAGUUGCAGACUUUUUUGGCUGGAAUGAAGCACAAGGGUUGGUAUUUUCCAAUCACCUUUAUGGAUGGCUUGCAUGCAGAUAUUCCUAAAGUUAUCUGUGUGUGUCCAACAAAGACAGAGGAAGACUACAGAAAUCUCAAUAAAAGAAUAGAAGGUUACGGACAGAAAGCAAGGUCUUGUAUACAGAUAUUAAAGGAGGGAGUGAAAAAUGGAUAUGUUUUCCAUCCUCUCUCAAUAGAAGGUGUGCCAGAUCAGAUUUUUAACAUGAUCAAUGUUGAGCUUAGCCCAGAAAGAGAUGCUUUUCUUUCUCCAUACAAAGCGUUCCCUGAGGGAUCCAUAGAAACGUCUAUAAAAGACAAACUUUUUGCAGAAGCAAAGCAGAUUGUACAAGAUCUUGUGAGACCAGCAUUUAAAGAAUUGGCUGAAUAUAUCGAAAAUGAUUAUAUGAAGCACACGCGCUCUGAUGUAGCGGCUUCCUCCCUCCCUAAUGGUCAGGAGCUAUAUCAGGCAUGUCUGGAUUUUCAUCUCUCUCUAUCAAUGACCCCAAAGGAAGUGUUUGACGUAGGUCAGGAAGAGGUAGAGAGAAUCACACAGGCAAUGAAGAAGAUUACCCAGGAGGAAGGAUUUGGAACAGACAUAAGGAAGUUUAAAGAAGACAUUUCCAUAAGGGAUGAGUUCCACUUUAAAACUCCUGAAGAGCUUAUAGAUUUUGUAAGGAUGACAUGUUUUGAGAAAAUUCAACCGAAGUUACCUCUUUUAUUUAAGGAGUUCCCGAACUCAAAAUUGAAGAUUGAGGCCGCUCCGCCCCUUAUGGAUGGUGGUACAUUGGCUUUCUAUAUGUAUGGGUCCCCUGAUGGUACUAGACCUGGUGUGUACUACAUUAGUACAUCUAACUUACCUGGAAGUCCAAAAUAUGAACUACCAGCUUUGUCUUUACAUGAAGGAGAACCCGGGCACCAUUUCCAGGGAAUGAUAUCUAUGGAAAUAAAGGAUAUCCAUAAAUUCAGAAGAGCUCAAGAGGAUCUGCACUAUUCUUGUGUCCCUUCCAGAUUUCCAACGUAUACUGCAUAUUUGGAGGGUUGGGGUCUUUACUGUGAGUAUUUGGGAGAAGAACUCGGCUUGUACGAGGAUAACUACACUUUGUUUGGACGGUACUGUCUUGAAAUUUUGAGAGCUGUUCGUCUAGUUGUUGAUACAGGAAUUCAUGCCUUUGGUUGGACUUUUGAGGAGGCCCUAAAUUACAUGAAAGAGAAGAUUUACAUGGAUGCCAAUCAUUUGGAAAAGGAAUGUAAAAGAUAUGUUACAUUGCCAGGACAAGCAUGUGCCUAUAAAAUUGGUGAAAUAAAACUUAAGCAACUACGACAGAAAGCCAGUUUAGCAUUAGGAGAACGGUUUGACAUUAGAGACUUCCACUCUGUGGUCUUGAGAUGUGGGGCGGUGCCACUAAAUUUUCUGGAGCAAAAAGUUGAUGAGUACAUUGAGGAAACACUGGCAACUUAAGCAUCUUUAAAAUGAAUGUCUGAAAUAAGAUAAUCAGAUGAUUUCUUUUAACUGAAAUCAUUUUCUUCUCAAAUUUCUUCUGCUUUCCUACUUGUUCUGAUUCAACAUUUAAUGAACGUGAAAUUUUAAUUCAAAAUUAUCGAGUCUGAUAUUUUAAAUAUCUGGAAAAAAAAUCCUGAAUUUGUGAAGAGGCACACUAUUCCAGCUAGUGUAUGAAGUAGAAAAAUAUUUUCUUAAGUUUAGAUAAACAGGCAGAAUUAAUAAAUAAUAUAUA